AUGAGUGGACAAAGCGAAGUAAAGGGUUUAUCUAACGUUGAUAUCGAAAAACAAGGAUCAAGCUCAGAACCAUCUAUUCAACAAGCAACAGAGACUCCUGUUGAAAACAGUAAUAUCAUUUCCACUGGGUUUGCAGAUUUUCACGAUAAAUUGGAUCCAGACAAAUACGGUCAAAUUCAAAGAAAGCUUAAUGGACGUCAUGUUAACUUAAUGAUUAUUGGUCAAUCGAUUGGUUCUGGUCUUUUCAUUGGAUUAUCGGGUCCCUUAAUGUCACUGGGAUCAUUAUCUUUAUUCCUUGGAUUUUUGACUUAUGCUUGUAUCAAUAUCUAUCCCCUUAUGCAAGGUGUUGGUGAGAUGUGUAGUUAUUUGCCGAUUAAAGGGACAUUCUUGCAUUAUACUGCUCGUUGGGUAGAUCCAGCCCUUGGGUUUGCAUGUACGUUGAUUUAUUUAUAUACCACCUUGAUGUUUGUUUGUUUGGAAGCUGUAGCGGUAGCCGCAUUGGCUAGUUUUUGGACUGAUGCCAAUCCCGCGUAUUUUAUCACUGCCUCAAUUGCUUUAUAUUUCUUCGUGAACGUCUUCGGGGUCAAUUG